AUGUGGAAGUUUAUAUGCAAGUCGCACAUUCUGAUAUCACGGCCUUGCCAAAGACUGAGAAAAAGAUUUAGCAAAGCUGUAGAGUUUACCAUAGAUUACAGCCCCAAUAAAAGCAUCCCNGGCAAAAGUAAGGAGUAUAAUGAGUUUGAAAACAACGAAGAUGAAGAUGAUGCCCAAGGUAAGAAGAGGAAGAAGAAAAAAAUGAGUAAAGAAAACAAAAGUAAGGAGUAUAAUGUAUUUCAGAGGAAUGAAGGUGAAGAUGAUUUUGAAGGUAGGAAGAGUAAGAAGGAAAAAAUGAUUGAAGACAACAAAAGCAAGAAUGAAAAUAUGAUGACAAAGAAGGAAACCAAGGCAGAUAAUGACGAGUCUCCUAAUCCUGCACGCAGUGGAUUAUCCAAACCCAAACGGGUAACUUUUUCUGAUCAAGUGGAGGUUUGUUGUGAUGGCUUAGUCCGUGGGAAACGGUUCACACUAGAAGAAGAUGAGCAGAUUAAAUCGGCUGUUUAUAAUUUUAUAGAGUCUCGUGGUUUGGGAGAUGAAGGUCUAGAUAUGGUUCUCCAUUGCAGUUCUCAUCCGGAAGUUAGAUCUUGUUGGAAUGAAAUUGCAGCAGCCUUACCCCACAGGCCAAAGAAUAGUGUGUAUACUCGUGCCCAUAUUUUGUUUGAAAGGAGUGAGAUGCGAAAGUGGACACCUGAAGAGUAUGAAUUUUUACGGAAGGUCAAGGAACAACAUGGAUCUAAUUGGAGACAAGUAGCUGACGCAUUGGGAAAAAAUCGAAUUCAUGUAAAGGAUGCAUGGCGUAGAGUGAAAUUAAGAAAUACAAAUAAAGGACGAUGGACCCAAGAGGAGUAUCAAAAGUUAUUUGAUUUAGUGAACCUAGACCUACGUGUGAGGGCUUCACAGGGUUAUAGAAAAUCAAAACAUGGUAUGUUGCGAGAUAAUAUUGGUUGGGAGGCCAUUGGUGAUAAGUUGGUCACUAGAACCUCCGUGAGCUGUUGCCACAAGUGGUAUGAUAAAUUAAGAUCACCCAUGGUUGCUACUGGUGCAUGGAGUGAUACUGAUGACUAUCGCUUGGUCGAUGCUUUAUAUAACUUGGAUGCGUGCUGCACGGAGGAGGUGGAUUGGGACGAUCUGCUUGAGCACAGGACUGGUGAGGCAUGUAGAAAACGAUGGAACCAAAUUGUCCGAUAUAUUGGAGACCAUGGAGGGAAGUCAUUUUCUGAGCAGGUUGAGAUUCUUGCAAAAAGAUAUUGCCCCAACUUAUUGGAAGUAAGAGAGGCCUUUGAUGCAAAACCUUUGGUUUGUUGAGAUUAUUAUUUUUAUAAAUGUAUUGGUUUAUGGUUAUGAUGUUCUUGUGGGAUCAUCCAACACAUCAGAAACUGGAUUCUAGGUUUUAAUAGUGUUUUCUUA